AUGGAUCUUCGGCUUGGGCUCCUCGUUGUUGGCUUCUUUCUUUGCCAUGUGGCUUUUGAAGCCUUGAACGAGAUGCUGGUCACGCUGCCCAAUGUUCCGCACAGUGUGACCCUUUGGAGUGUUGCUGCGCAGUUUGGUCUUUGUACAGUGGCGCCGAUGACACGAGCACCGAGGGCCUUAUUCACCAAAAGUUCCUGGUGGCCGUUCGUCACGGUGUCGUGCAUGGUGUUUUUGUCGAACGGCUUGUCGCAGUACUCUACACAUCACGUGGAGUUCACCGUUAAGAUUGUGGCCAAAGCUAGCAAGCUGUUGCCCACAAUGCUGAUCUCGGGCUUACUGGGCAACUCGAGUCACUUCCAGGCCUUGGAUUAUGCAGCAGCUUUGCUACUAUGUGCAGGGACGGCUCUUUUCUCGUAUGGUGGCGGUCGAGCGCCCAACGCGGCGAGCUCCUGGCAGGUGGUGGUGGGUAUGUUGGCGCUCGCACUGUCAUGCAUAUUCGAUGGCUUGGUUCCAAACCUUCAGCAGAAGAUCAUGCGCACUGGGAUUACCUCGACAGAGCUCAUGAUCCGAACCAACGCCGUCGGUUCACUGGCAGGUGUUGCUGGCAUCGUACUGAGUCGGGAUGUGAUGUCCAUGGUUGCCUAUGCAGGCCAGCAGCCAGAGCUGUGGUGGCUCAUCCCGUCGAUCGGGUUGUCCUUGGCAGGCAGUGUUCUAUGCUACACCGACCUGGUGGCCCAUGCUGGAUCUGUGGCGGCAGUGGGAGUGGCCACGCUUCGCAAGAGUGCCUCGUUGCUUCUUUCGUAUUUCUUGUUUCCAGGAAAGCCAUUCAGUACUCUAAGUGGGCUUGGGCUCCUGGUCCUUACACUGGGCCUUCUUCUGGCAGAACGCCGUGCAACAUCGCGCAGCAGAGCAAAAGGCGGCAAUGGCAACGAAAGGAAUGAGAAAGAACACACUGCUCUGGCUGGAGGUGGAACGCUGCAGCCAGGGAGGAACAGCAUCUACGCGGCGGACGCAGACACAAAGAUGGAGAAGCAUCGAAGAUCCAAUGUGAACAGCUCCGGCUUCCAUGCUCGGGGCAGAUAUGCCACGGACUUGAUAGGAGGGCUUUUGACCCGCACUUUGCAGGCGAAUGCAGUUGAAGCCUGGGUUCGGCGUGUUGUCGUUGCACACGGGCUUUGUCCUUGGGCUGACGGAGCACUGAGGCAAGGAAGCUUGGCUGUUGUAUCGUUGUUUGAGGAUGAGGAGGAGCAGGUGGCAGCAGCCCUGGUGAGUCACGCGCAGCUACUUGCGCUGCAGCAGCCGCCAGAGGGUGCCGGUGCCACGACGCUGCUUGUGGCACCGAGGUGCGAAAAGCUUCUUGACUUCGAGGGCUACUUGGAGCUCUGCGAUUGGGUCGAAGAAGCUUUUUCAGAGCUGGACCUGAUCGGUAAAGUGCAGAUGGCUGCUUUUCAUCCAGACUUCCGCUUCAAUGGUUCUGAUGCGGCGGACUGUGCAAAUUUUGUCGGUCGUGCUCCAUAUCCUGCUUUCCAUUUGCUACGAGAGGAGGAGUGCAUCGGACUGCAUGUCGUUGUCAAAAGCAAGCUGGGUUUGAUCUGUUUCGCCUGUGCUGAGUUUGCACUUGCUGCAAAGACAGUCCUGCCGAACCAAGCCCCGCUAUGA